UCGCGAUGCUACUUGUACUCAUGACGGCUUAUCCACUAUAACAAUGAGACUUCUUGUGACCUGUAUUACAUUAUUUCAAGUGGCCCUGGCAGAGGCUCUUACUGAGGUCCAUGAGUAUGUUGGGGAAUCAGUUACGUUGCCGUCAGGUGCCGACCCUUUAUGGCAGCUCUCUUCAAUCAAGUGGUCAAUAUUCACCAACACCACCUUGAUCGCCACCUACAGCAACCAAAAGAUUAACGUGAACCGCUUCUACCGAUACAGAGGCAGGCUCCAACUCAACGACUCUACAGGUGACCUGACCAUCCUUAACUUGACCAGAGAUGACGCCAUACUGUACACUGUAGACCUCUUCAACACAAAGAAAAAGAACAGCGUCAAUAAAAUCAAACUCGCUGUAAAACAGCAUCUCCAGAAACCGAACAUAGAAAUAGUGUCCAGAACCUUCAACAAAGACAGCUGUUGGAUAGGACUGCAUUGUGAUUCUACGGAUGAAGGCGUGUCCUUCUCCUGGAAGUUGGACGCUCAAGUGAAAACCUUCAACUGCUGCCAUGAUGGAAAAUCUGCAUUUGUUUUGGUGCAGCUCAACAAAAUGCAGCAUGCUGAAUUCACCUGCACCUCCAGCAGGAAUACAGAGGAAUACACCUCCAGUAACACCACCGUCAGCUGUGAAGAGGAGAAGCCUGAGCCUAAACCUCACCCUGAGCCUAAGACUAAACCUGAGCCUGUGACACCGCCACCUACCCACAGAAACAGAGAUUAUGUAUUCUUUUUGGGAGGCCUCAUUGUAGGUUGCCUAGUUGUCAUUUUAGGGUAUUACUUAAAAAGAAAAGUCUCAACUACUGAACUCACAAUAAGCAACUAAAAGUCGACAACAUUUCAAGACACCUGGGUUCAGUAAGAACAACGAUAUUUGGACCAUAGUAGAAUAAGAAACAGGAGCACAAUUGCAGCUUAUACUUUUUUGUACAUAAGACAGUGAACACCUAUAUUUAUUUAUUUUUCUGCCACUUAUUUUUUUAAAAUAAUCUUUUUAUUGGUUUUUCAGAUUUUGCGAACAUGAAUAUAUAGAACAACGAAUGACAAAACAUACAAAAAGAAAAAGAAAAUCCCACCUCAAACUAAUAACAAGCACUGUCAUUAAUUCAAAAUGUUAAAGAGAGAAAAAAUAGAUAAAACAAAUAAAAAUACAUUAAAAAACAAGAAUUUGACAGGAGAUAGAUAAAGGAGUAGCACAUGUAAAAUACAUGCACCUGUAUUAUUUAAUGCCGCAAAUAAAACAGCAGCAAACAAAUUACUAAUAUGCGUCUAACAGAGGUAGUGCUAGACAUUUUUAUUGUCCGUCAUUUUGAUGGACAGGGUCGUUAAAAUUCUGUCAUAUCAUAUUAUUGUCCGUCAUUUCAAAUUUGUAUUUUUUAAUGAUAAUGAGAUAUUUAGAAGUAUUUAAUGUUCAAAAACAUCUCAAUGAUGCAGCAACUGUAGUUGCUGCUGGCUGAUAAAUCAACGUGAUAUCACAACUGGCAUAAUUAUAUACACCACUUUUAACUGGUGUGUUAUCUGUAGACAUUCUAAGCUUUCCUUGUGUAUGUUCAUGCAGUGUCAAAUACUAUGCACUGAGGGUUAGG